AUGGUGGAUCACAAAACCCCCACUAGAAUGAUGCCCCGAUUCCGAUUUGGAUCGCAGGUAAUGGAAGCCGAUUUGUCAAGCGUUGAGGUGAUUUUUGCUCAGAAAUUAGCAUGUGGUGAGCCGGUCACUCGACAGCGAGCUUCCCGAACCUUGCAGGAUUGGAUCAAGCAGCAAUCAGCAGUACGACCUUUCAAUGAAGCGGACAUGCUUCGGUUAUGUAAAGGUCUCCAUUAUGUGCUGUGGAUGCAAGACAAAAUGCUGCUGCAGGAAGAGCUGGCAGAUAGGAUUAGUCAGCUCCAACUUGUGUUCACUAGAGAGGAAGAACGUGUACUUUUCGUUGAAUCUAUAUUCAGAAGUUUGGCUAAGGAAUGGAAUCACAUAGAUCGGUGGCGUAUGGACAAGUUUCUGAUGAUGAUGCGCCGAGUUCUCCGAGUGUUGUUUACUCACCUGAGCUCUCUCCAGUGGAAGAAAUCUUUUCGCGAACCGUAUUGGGCAGCUUUUAGUCGGACUACAAUCUCAACUGAAUCUUUCCCCGAUGGGUUGAAGUUCCACUUCGCUGCCAUUAUUCUUGACGAGAUGGACAACGCAGGUGGUAUCACUAAGAAACAAAUAACGGCCUGCCUCAAACCUUUCGCAGAUCUUCUAGGCAUCCGUGGCAUCAGCGAUUAUCUCUUUGACUCAAUAUCUGAGGAAGUAUUUGCUACGAUACUGCAUCAGAAAUCGGAAGAGAUUGCUUCAAAAAUGGAGACUGAUGGGGAUGUAGACGAGGAGUCUGCAGGGAUUCAGUUUGAUUACGCUGCCUUGGGUAAAAUGUUAUUCGACAUAGGUAAGAAGCCGGAAACUAUUUCUAGACGACGUAGAAAGCUGUAUGACCUAGUCAAAAGAUUUGACCAGGCAGCGAAGGGGUGUGAUCCUUACCAUUUUGAGCCUCCGGUACCGGAAAUUGAAUUAACUUCAAAAGACAUUGACGAGGCUGCGCUCAAACUGAAGAAACUGCAGGAAGAAGUUGUGUUGGAACGGCAACGGAUGAAAAUGGAGAAGAGAAAAGCUCGCUUGAAUGAGCGGUGUAACACCAAAAAACCUCGACUGGAUGGCGAAGGAGAACAUGAUGAAGAGGAGUCUUCUGCGCCAACAGUCACAAAGCCUAAGAAAAUUUUGAAGAAAUCGAAAAUUCAGAGGAGUGGUUCAAAAGCUAAAAACAGAACAAAGUUCGGUUCAAGAAGCAAACUUCACGAAAUGAAUGGUAUAAAAACGAAAGAAGAUCUUGAAUUAGAGUUCUCAAGCUCCGGUGAGAAGGAAAGAGCUAAAGAAGUUCUGGUUGCUCGAUUACGAAAGGACGGCUGGGUUACUGAG